AUGUCUGCCGCAUUAGUCAACCGUUCUUUAACUACCAUUAGAACAGAAUUAGAGUUUUUGAAAGAUUCUGAUGUUAUAACUGAGGGGUUAUACGAGAAGUUAAUUGAAUCAUUACCAGUUAAAUACCAAAAGGACUCAGCUCCAUGGGAUGUCGACAAGUUGGCUACAGGAAGUAGUGAUAAUAACAAUGGUGCAAUUGUACCAAAGGUUCAAAAUAAAUCAAGCACUGAUGUCUUAGCCGAUGAUUUAGCACAAACCAGUAUUUCAGUGCCACCCCCAGCUUACCCACCAGCACAGCCUCCUCGUGAAUCUCCAAGUGCACCAAGACCGCUUGGUUACUGUAUUGCUACCUAUGAUUAUAACGCACAACAAGAUGGUGAUUUGAAUUUAACAAAGGACGACAAAUUGGCCAUUGUGGAACAUUUGUCAGAAGAUUGGUGGAAAGGUUACAAAAGUACUACCGGACCAGAGAAGACUGGGGUAUUCCCAUCAAAUUAUGUCAAGACCAUUUCUGAACUGGAAUAUGAGAGUAAAGAUAAGAAAUCCGAGGCACCAUAUCAACAACAAGCUGGAUAUUCUGCAUACGGAUCACCAGCACCAUAUCAACAAGCUCAACCACCAAUCCAACAACAACCUUCCUAUGGUGGUUAUGCGCAAUAUCCACCACCAUCUACUAAUUACUACCCACCUCAACAAUACCAACCACCAGCACAACAACAACAACCACAACAACAAGUUGUUCAACAAGAACAACCACAACAACAGGGACAACAACAUUCUCAUGGUGGAGAACACCUCAAGAAAUUUGGUAGUAAGUUUGGGAACGCAGCUAUCUUUGGUGCUGGUGCUACCGUUGGUUCCAAUAUCAUUAAUUCAAUUUUCUAG